AUGACCAGCAUCUACUCGCAAACAGGGAUCAUCGAAGAAAAUCUGGGCAACAGCGAGAGACAGGUCGGUGCCUGUGACAUGAACCCAGAAACGGCAAAACUGGCCGCCCAGUGGAUGCAAUCCCGAAACCACACGUUCCAGACACAUCUCCUGAAACCUGGCGGAAUCGCGCUGCGCUUCAUUCCCGGAAGAGCGGUGCAAAACGGUUCGGUACUGUACGGUCACAUUCACUGCCCAGACAAGCUGAUGGACAACCGAGAGGUGGGCUUGAACGACCGUUCGCUGUGUCCGUGGUACUGGAAAGCCAACUACGAUCCGUACCGAUUCCCGAGUAUGCUUCCGGAAGCGCUGUGUCGAUGCAGCAAAGCCGUACUGCCAAACAGUUUCUCGUACGAGUGCGAGGUGAUCACGUACCAAGUGAAAGUGUUGAGAUUCGACCGCAGCUGUCUGUUCUACAAAACUGACUUCGAGGAACUAGCCGUCGCCUGCGUCCCAGUGCUUGAAUCGGUGGCGCGAAACUUCGCCAACCCACAGAUACUUCAGAGCUUGAUACAGCCUUUCGACUACUGA